AUGAGUGCGAAACCAACCAGCUCUACUAGCGCCGAUACUUCCCCAGUCAUAGAUAAUCCCCAGCCGUCCCAAAGCUACUCAACAUCGUCAACGUCACCUUCUACUGUUUCAGAUGAUAGUAGCCAUGUUUGUUCCAACUGUGGAACUGCGAAGACUCCGUUAUGGAGACGUGCUGCUGAUGGCUCGUUAGUCUGCAACGCUUGUGGCCUUUACUACCGGGCGAAAAACUCUCACCGUCCAGUGAACUUGAAACGACCGCCAAAAGUGGUCACUGUAUCAAGGAGUGACCUCGAAAAUGGAACUUGUAAAGGUGACGGUAGGUGUAAUGGUACCGGCGGGGCUCAGGCUUGCAAAGGCUGUCCAGCAUUCAAUAAUAGAGUGAUUUCCUCUACAUUCAAACACAAACAAUCAAAUUCCACAGUUAAAUCUCCCGAUACUUCAUCCAACGAUGAAGAGGAAAGCUCUGGCUUGCAAUCCGUGGCUAUAGCUUGCACCAAUUGUGGCACCACAGUUACUCCACUAUGGAGACGAGAUAACAUUGGUAAUACUAUUUGCAAUGCCUGCGGUUUAUACUACCGGCUACAUGGAUCCCAUAGACCAGUCAACUUGAAAAGGACAAUGAUAAAAAGAAGGAAACGAGCCAUCGCAAAGGAACCGGGACAUGCUAAAAAUUUAAGCCGAGAUGAGUCUCCUGCAAACAACGUCGAGAGGACGAUACUGCCUUCUAUACGGCAGCUUACAGGCAAUAUCUUACCUCCUUUAGCCGUUGAUUAUACCAACCAUAUUGACACAUCCAGGAAAGCCUUUUUCAGCAAUAUGAAUGCGAUAAGUGUGAAUUCACUGCUCAACGACCACCCCCAGAAUGCAUCCGAAUCUUCAAACCCGUCAACUCCUCCUCCUCCUCCUCUUGACAAUUCCACAAAAAACGAACCUUUACCACAGAGAUUCCUCAAGUCGCACAAGCCACACAAGCCACAUACUCCCCCCCGGAUUUCUGAUCUUAUAAGCAAAUAG